UACCUGGCACCGCCAGCAGUAUGGCAGCUCAAACUCCUUCCCUUGUGCGUGUCUAUGAUCUCCUCCGAGAGCUCAGACUAAGCAUAAGAAAGAUUGAAGUGGCGGCUGGAACAAGAGAAGGCGAAGACGAUGCGUGGACCAGGCAUCAAAUUGAGGCCUUCAACAACGCAAGCAUUCGUACCGUUGCUGCUUGUCGCGACGCGCUAACCGAGGCGAGGUACGAGGGGGAACAGCACGAGGCCGGUGGUGGCGGCGGCGGCGGCGGAACCGACGGCGGUUCGGACUCUCUCGCAAAGGUGGUCCAAGCGGAGAGAGACCUGGAGCACGUAAGGAUGGAGCUCAGACGAGCAGUCACACUUCGCAAGCGCCACGAGGAGAGACGCUACGAUGCCACCAAUCGCGCCGCGCUACUGGGAGCGGAGUGCGGCGACGGACCGAGACGACGGGGCUACAAUUCCGGGGGAGGUAGCGACGAUGCCCCGGGAUCAGCUGCGGGAGACGCGCGAGAAAUGAAGCAGUCCUUGCAGCGCACCCGAAAGAUGAUGGCGGAGCAGCUGGCCCGGGUGGCCCAAGUGUCGGAGGUCAUGGGCGAACAGGAUGCUUUGCUCAUGAACACGUUCGCCGAGCACCAGGCGAGGCAUCGGAGGAAGCUUGAAGCGAGCCGGCACAACGUUGACGAGGCUGAAGGCUGCCGAGGUGAUGGACACCAUUAUCAUGGUGGCCUCCACCUUUUUAUUCUUCGCCGCGGUCUGCUUUGUGAUAUAUCAGAGGCUGCCCCUCUUGGGCCUCUUGUGACAGGGGCGUCGUUUGUGAGGCGCCGAAGAUCGAUUUUCCUGCAUUUCUUUGCUGUUUGUUGUUGUGUUGACUCUAUGGUAGAGUGUAAGCUCAGGCAAGAAGCGAACGUGUGUGUGUAGUGUACAUACAUCGGUCAUCACGAGGUGACGCCAACCUGAACGUGCUACAUACCCUCACGUAUUUCCGGCCAAGCUCUGGGAAUGUCGAGACGUUUUCUUGCCACCAACUGCGUCGUCCACAACCUGUGCCGUCGUCAACGAUUCCCAGUUCCCGACACGAUGUGCUCUGAUGUUCUCUGAAGAAUACUGCUAGUAUAGCUCAGAAGCAACGUAGAAGAGACACGGGGUACGGACAGGCGGCCUGAAUGGCACCUCUAUUUUGGUAGCUUGGUAGACGUUUGACUCGGUAUAACAGCUCGAGAAGAGAGACACAAACAAAACCUGUCUUGUUUGUGUUUGAUAGUGCACUGAUAACGCUCUUUUUGAUUGGGAGCGUGUGAUGGAGGAUUUUUUUUUUUUGCGCCAGUUCAGCCGGCGCAGAACAAUCAAUAAAUAGGAAACACCGCUUGCCUGACUUGGUGACCUAAUGCGGUUACAUACCCCGUUCCCACAGCCCUCGAGCGGAUCCUUUGCGCCGUAAUGUCUACCAUGCUCACAUUUUUUCUUGUCUGUGAGACCCCUGGACACCGGCGUGUUGGUAUUGUCAUUGUCCGAUUCACGGGACAGAGAAAAAAUUCUGCUCUCCUCCUCGAAUCGGCACACGUGUCGAUGUGUGAUUGCUCCAAAUAGCGCCUGGCGCGCAUAGUGGCCGAGUGAACAAGAUGACAUCCCGGCUCUGGAAUACAUUAAGCACGUCGUGCAUGUUGUAGACAACUGUAAAAA